AUGAUUCCCCCCUGCGAUCCCACGAUCCUCGAAAGCAAUCCCCAAUUCAAAAGAUUAUACCACCAGCUGACAACCACUGUCCUUAAUCCCGAUGGGUCCACACGCGCAAAUGAUACGCAACCGGCCAGACAAGAAGCCCUGGAAGACCUGAACAAUUGUCGCGUACGGCAUGCAAAGAGGCAGAUUGAGAAACAGACGUUGAGGCGGUUGGCGUUUGAUCCGGAGAGUGGGUUGGCGGAUGAGUACCGAGACAUCGUCGCUAUUAUUGUACUUUACUUGGAGACUCCACGAGGCCAAAUCGGUAAAGACAUCGACGACCCCGGUAACAGCAUAGAAAGCAGCGAAGCAUCCUCCCUCCUCGCUCCGGACAUCGAAGCAUUCUAUGUUAACAUCCCAUCCCUCAUCCCCUUCUUCUCCAACGCCCUUGCCUCCGCCAUCGAUGACCUCCGAGCCAUAGCGGACACCGACUCGUCCACCACAGAAUCCAAAGAACCCCCGCGGACCCCUCGAGUCCGUACACGGCAAGCCACAACUAGAUCAACACAACAGGCUUUUCUGAACCCACGAUUUGGUGAGCGAUUGCGGCAGCUACGGCAGGCUCAAUUGUCAGAGUUACCCACGGCCCGGAGGAAGAUGGCUGCGACCGCUGCCGAGGUACUCGCGGCGAGGGCGCAGGUGUUGGAACGGACAGUUGUGCUGUUGGAGCGUGCGAAACAUGGGGCGUUGUCUAGAGCUACAAAGGCUAAGGCUGAACAUUUGGCUACGGUGGCGCAGGGCAUUGAGGCGAAGUUGGGCGUGAUAAAACUAGAUAUCGGGUCUACUGUUUAUACACCCGAGACGAUCUCCGCUCUUACUCGAUACAAACAACAUCUCCAGGUGACGUGCGAGCGGUUAGAAGAGAGACGAGAGCUUGCUAUUGAGAAAUUGAACAAGGAAUCUGGAUCUGGUCCGCUUGGAGAUAUCACACGACAGUAUGCUGAUACGAUCAAAAAGAUGGAUGCGGUGGAGACAGAGAUUAAGGGUUUAGAGAAGUAA